CCCAGGGCUGGCCAUUAUUUCCCCCUAGACUUGGGGGGGAAAGACCACAAGAAGUUGAAACAGACUGAGGAGCUGAUGAGUCUUCUUCAGUCGGGAGACGGAGACAGGCAGAGACAGCGCACCCGCGGACCCCCACAGCGAGAUUUUAGGAUUGUAGAGUUUAGAAGUAGAACGGGUAGCACGCCCCUUCAUGUGGCCGAUGUUGGCCAACCCGGCUCUGGGGACGUCGCCUUUUAGGUAACGUGUGCCUUUAAGAGUUAAAGGACCAGGACCCUCAGCGAGUUGGUAGAGUGGACUUUUUUGGGUGAUAGGGGGAGGGGACCUUUCCACUGACAUACCUUUCCCUUCCCUAAAAGCAGCUGAGAAUCUAUUUAUAACCUUUUCCCUGGCCAGCCGAGUGAAAUCACCCCAGCUAUAAAUGCCACUCUCUCAAUCCACUCUCUCCAUAGUAGAGAUAAGGUCUCCCUCCUCCCAAAAAAAAUUCCAAAAGAGGAAAUUGACGUCAGCCCCAUCCCCACUCCCUACCUCCAAAGAGCCAGGCCAAGUGACUGAGGGCAGAACACCCGAGCCCUUCGGGCCUGCUAGAUUUUCCCGGUAACCCCCUCACUCGGGGUACAGUAGGUAGUGUAGUGGUGAAAUCGACAUGAGCUCAAGCAGCAGCAGCAGCGACAGCUCACAUCUUGCAUGUGGCCACGAGUCCACUGACCUGGAGGUGAGAGCUGGUCGGGUGCUACCCCCCAUGGUACUGGAGGGCCUUCUGGGCUCUGAUGAUGAGGAACAGGAAGACCCCACCGAUUACUGCAGGGGUGGUUACUACCCGGUGAAGAUUGGAGACCUGUUCAAUGGACGAUACCACGUGGUUCGAAAGCUGGGGUGGGGCCACUUCUCCACCGUCUGGCUCUGCUGGGAUAUCCAGCGGAAACGGUUUGUGGCUCUGAAGGUGGUGAAGAGUGCUGUCCAUUACACCGAGACUGCUCUGGAUGAGAUCAAACUGCUGAAAUGCGUCCGGGAUAGCGAUCCCAGUGACCCCAAAAGAGAGACUGUGGUGCAGCUCAUCGAUGACUUCAAAAUCUCAGGGAUCAAUGGCGUCCAUGUGUGCAUGGUAUUGGAGGUUCUGGGCCACCAGCUCCUCAAAUGGAUCAUCAAAUCUAACUACCAGGGCCUGCCCCUCUCCUGCGUGAAGAACAUCGUCCGCCAGGUACUUCAGGGCCUGGAUUACCUCCACACCAAAUGUAAAAUCAUCCACACUGACAUCAAGCCAGAGAACAUUCUUCUCUGCGUGGGUGAGGUCUACAUCCGAAGACUGGCGGCAGAGGCCACUCUGUGGCAGCAGUCGGGGGCCCCCCCUGUCUCUGGCAACACUGUGAGCUCUGCACCUCAGCAGAUCAUGAAUGGAAAGCUCUCGAAGAACAAGAAGAAGAAGUUAAGACGCAAGCAGAAGAGGCAGAAGCAGCUUCUGGAGGAGCGCCUCCGGGACCUUCAGCGCCUGGAAGACCUGGACGGUGAGGGGGGCCUGAAAGGCCUGCUGACCCCACCCCCCCAGCCUCCUGACGUAGACUCCGACGAAGCUGUAGGGGCCACAUUCACCAACUCACAGCUGGGCGAAAGCGGAGGGACCACCCUUGCCGAGGCUUUGGGGAGCAGCCUGGCCUGCAGUCCCCAGAGUCUGACCUCCUCUUCAGGCUGUCACCCAUGGGGCGGUGAAGGGGCCUCCCCGGCCUCUUCCUCACCACCUUGGGGACAACGGACCGGCGAUCGAGGCUUCAGCCCGGACUCGCAGACUUCUGGAUUUUCAGGCUCCCUCUUCUCCCCUACUUCGGGCUCCACCCUCUCGGGCUUCUCGAACCGUCAGGAGAAGGGGGGACUUCUGUCCCUCAACAAAACACUCAAUGCCUCGGACUUCCUCGUCAACCCUCUGGAACCCCAGAACGCAGACAAGAUCAAGAUCAAAAUCGCCGAUCUCGGCAACGCUUGCUGGGUGCACAAACACUUUACUGAGGACAUCCAGACCAGACAGUACCGGGCAAUAGAGGUGCUCAUUGGAGCUGAAUAUGGCACAUCUGCCGAUAUCUGGAGCACUGCCUGCAUGGCUUUUGAAUUGGCCACAGGAGACUAUCUGUUUGAGCCUCACUCUGGAGAGACCUAUACUCGAGAUGAAGAUCACAUUGCUCACAUCGUGGAACUCCUGGGAGACAUCCCUCCGGCCUUUGCCCUCUCUGGCCGAUAUUCACGGGAAUACUUCACUAGACGUGGUGAGCUCCGUCACAUUAAAAAUCUCAAGCACUGGGGUCUAUAUGAAGUCCUCAUGGAGAAAUAUGAGUGGUCACUGGAGCAAGCAACACAGUUCACAGACUUCCUGCUGCCCAUGAUGGAGUAUAUCCCUGAAAGGCGGGCCACUGCUGCUCAGUGCCUCCAGCACCCCUGGCUUAACUCCUAAACCUAGGCUCCUCCCGUUCUCCCUGUCCUAGUUUGCCGUGGUAGAGGGUGGCCUGCUUUUUAAAUGUACCUUGGGACCCUGCCAGGCAGGAGGUCCAUCUCAAGAGGUCAGGGCACCAUUUCAAGUGUUCAGGCACCGGGCCCACACCAUCAGUGCCUGGGUUGCUGGGAACGCAAAGCUGAUUCAAUCCCAUCCCCCUGUAUGUCUCGGAACCUUGGUGCAUUCCCCCUUUCAGGCCCAUAGAUUAAGUUGGGUUGGACCAUUAGCAGCAUUUCUGGAGGAUUUAGAGUUGUUUCCCUAAACUGUUUUCCUCCUUUCUAAUCCCAAUUUUCAGCUCAGGGCAUGAAGAAAAAAAAAAUAAAAUUGUUUUUCUUAC